AGUUUACAUUUCCAUAAUUUUUUGUUAUAGGAUACAAAUAUUUUCAAUAAUAAAAUCAAUAAAUGACUAAUAGAUUUCAUUCAUUGUAAGGAUUAAGUAAACAUUUUAAAAUAGAAGUUAAAAAAUCAUUUCGCUAACUGAAAGAAGUCAAAAAUUAUCCUAGAGACCUCGGUAACGUUAUCCUAUUGCUGUUUCAAACGUAAAAUUUUCGAAGACAGAGCAAAAAAGACGGUCUGAUUCCUCUUAACAAAUAAUGGCAAUGACGGACAAUGACCUUCAUCCACCCAAAGCUAAAUUACAAAUGGUAAAGUUGUUUAAAAUUGUACUAAUUUAUUGUAUUAAUAUACCCAUACAACAUAUCAUUUUAAAGUGGAUAAUAACAAGAAAAAUAAACUGGUAACGUAAAACUCUCGAAGGAAGGGCAAAAUUGUGUGCCUGAAUCCCCAUAACUGCCGGUCCACACUAGGAAACUGUUGAUUUUGCAUGAGAGAGAAAGAGAAGGAAUAUCAUUCAUUUAUUCGCGGUACGGAGUUUCCCGUACUCGGAAACUUGUUUUGUUAUGUUUAAAUUUAGGAAACUUCAAAAGAGAAUUAAGAAAAAGUUUCUCUACGAAUGUUUCCUAGUGUGGACCGGCACUAAGCGACGCAAAACGAUCAUCCUCCGACCAGAGCUGAAUUACAAAUUGUAGAGUUGUUUCAUAUUGUACUUAUUUAUUGUAUUAAUGUACCCACACAACAUAUCAUUUUAAAGUGGAUGAUACAUACAAUAAUAAUAAGAACAGUAAACUGAUAACAUUAUACCAGCUGUUUCACAUUUUCUUUAUUGCAUUAUACAAAAUAGUACAAUUUUAAGAAAAUAAUUCUUAGCAUUUUAUAAUUAUUUACACAUGAACUAAGUGUAUAACUCAAUUAAAAUCGUAUAAUAAACAUUAAAAUAAAAACAAUAAAACUAUCGAUUGUAUAAAAUUGUAUAACAUCUAUAACAAGAAUACAACCUACAACAACAGUAGUGAAUUGCAUUUUGUUCUGCCGCAUUGAUGUGUUGUUUACAUAUUUAUGUACAUAUGUAUGUAAAUAACAUUGUUUAGAAUCGUAAUAAAAUAAAAAAAAUCACUUUUAUCAUUAAAUUUGUAAACAAUGAGUGACAUUAAUACACAAGAAAAGAAAAAUAAACGACAACAACGAACAAUUCCCAAAAAAUGGGACCAUAAUGACGAAGCCGCUAUAAUAAACUUCCUAAAACAAAAUCGUGAAUUUGAGAAACCAACACAACGAAUUUUUUAUACAAAGUUUAUAAUGGAAAAUGGAUUGGAUGAUAUUCAUUGGAAACUUGUAUAUUAUAAAGUACGUAAUAUGCGUACAGUUUAUCGCAGAGCUAAAGAAUACCAAAAACAAAGAGAAAGUGUCAAUGAAAUGGAUGCUGAGGCUGUAAAGAAUGUAAUGCUCAAAAUAUGUUGGUAUGUGGAGGAAUUUGAUGUUCUUUUCCCUAAUGAAAUGUCAGAACAUAAACGAACUGAUGUAGAAAUAACUAAUUCUGACAAAGAGGAUGAAACUUCAAAACAGGAAUUUUUUUCUAAUACAACAAAUCAUAUUAAUAAUAUUGCAACUACUACUUUCAAUGAACAAAUCGUCCCUGAAGAACCUGUAAUGACUUAUUUACCCAGAAGUAUUAAAAAAGACAUAUUGGCUGUACAAACUGGUAAAUUUAAUUUUAAAAGGCGGAAAUUUGAUAAAGAAAGCACAAUAAAACAAAAACAACUUGAACUGGCAAGAAAUAAGUUUGAAUUUGAGGUAGAAAAAUUUCGCUUGGAAAUGAGAUUGAAAGAAAAAGAAAUUGAAAGCCAAGAAAAAUUAAAGAUAAUGGAGCUACAAAUGAAAGAGAGAAUAGCCAUGAAAGAGUUGGCACUUAAGGAAAAACUGUCACUAAAAACAAUUAAAACAGAUGAUGUAAAUAGUUCCUUUAAUAAUAUAAUUUAAUAAUAAAAUAAUUUGUUUUCUUUUUGUACCUACAUUAUUUUAAAUAAAAAUAAAAUGCUAAAAAAUACAAUUUAAAUUUAGUGUUACAAUUCAUUGUCUAAAAUACAUAUUAAGAUUAUGUCAUCACCAUCAGCAUUGCUAACUAAUUUGAAUAUUUAUAAAGAAAUCAUUUCAAUUUCAACGAGAUUACAUUCAUGUUUAGCUAUUGUUUGUUUGUAAUUAUUGUAUUACUGUAUUUAAACUGAAUGGAUUUAUAUAACACCCCCAA